AUGUCCACAUUCACGGCCUGCCUGAUGCUCUGGGGUCUCAUCUUGGGCCCAGUGUCAGAUGCAGCCACAUAUUUCGAUACCCGGCCUAGCCUGUGGACUGAACCCAAAUCGUGGCAAGAUCCCAAGACAUACAUGUUGCUGACAUGCCAGGCCCGCCUGGCAACCCCUGACUUUCAGCUGUUCAAGAACGGGGUAUCCCUGGAUGUCGUGCACCUCAACUCAUCUGCCAAUAAGCACCAGUUCCUACUGGCAGGUGACACCCAGGGACGCUACCGCUGCCGCUCAGGCAUGUCUGGAGGAUGGACUGGGUUGAGCAACCUCCUGGAGUUGACGUGGACAAUGUCCUUUCCCCCACCCUGGCUCUCAGCGGAGCCAGUGUCCUGGAUCACACCCGGCCUGAACACCAAACUGGUGUGCCACGGGGGACUGCGGGGUGUGACCUUUACUCUGAGGCGGGAAGGCGACAACAAGUUUCUGGAGGCGGCUGAGGCCAGAGAGGACGUGAAGGCUACCUUCCCUGUCCACCAGGGUGGCAACUAUAGCUGCAGCUACCAGACCCAGGUAGCAGGCAUUCCUGCAGUGUCCAGCGCCACCGUGACCAUCAAGGAGCUGGCUAUGCCACCCCCGCCCCAGCUGAGAACAAAGAGGGAGUCUUCAGGCAUCCUGAGCCCCGGCCAGCACACCACCCUCGUCUGCGUGGCACCCCGGAGCGGCGUGCUCUUCCAGCUGCGGCGGGCGGACAGGGAGUUGCAGGUGCCCAUGAGCAGCACCACCCCGGGCCGCGUCUUCUUCCACCUGGACGCGCUGGCCUCGGGGGACAAUGAUAAAUACACCUGCCGCUACCGACCGGUUGGCGAGCCUGAUGCCUGGUCCGAGGACAGUGCUCCGGUGGAGCUGACUGUCAGCGACGAGACGCUGCCGGCGCCCAUACUCUCGGCGAAGCCCGCCAGUCGCAGCCCCGAGCCCGGCACGCGCGUGCAGCUGCGGUGCCUGGCGCCCCGUGACAGGGUGCGCUUCGCCCUGGUGCGCGAGGACGCGGGCGGGCGCCGGGUGCACCGUCUGCAGAGCCCCGCGGGGACCGAGGCCGACUUCGAGCUGCGCGACGUCUCGGUGGCCGACUCGGCCAACUACAGCUGCGUCUACGUGGACCUGCUGCCGCCGUUCGCGGGGUCGGCGCCCAGCGCGCCCUGGGAGCUGCUCGUGGACGGACCCCCUCCCAGGCCGCAGCUCCAGCCCCUGUGGAGCGGGGCGGUGACCCCGGGCAGAGACGCUGUUCUGCGCUGCGAGGGCCCCAUCGCCGACGUCACCUUCGAGCUGCUUCGGGCGGGGGACACGGAGCCCUCGGCCAUGCUCAUACCCGGCGGGUCCUCGGCGGACCUGGUGCUGGUCUAUGUGGGGCCCCAGCACGCCGGCAACUACAGCUGCCGAUACCGCUCCUCGUGGCCCAUCCCCUUCGAGUCGGAGCUCAGCGCCCCCGUGGAGCUACGAGUGGCAGGUGAUGCUUCCCUGCUCGGCCUCCUGGCCUCCUCAGGGCUGUGCCCUCCGCCAGGUGCUCCCUCGCCUGCUCUCCACCCGGGCGGUGUUGGUGGCCUGGGGAGGGCAGCUGGGGAAUCAGGCCCAAAGACCCGGGGCAGCAGUUGCACGGGUGGGGUGGGGGCCCUGCAGGCUGCGAAGACAAAGCUUGGCUGGCAGCCCCCAAGCCGCUUCCCUCCUCCGCUGCAGGGCAGAGGCACGGGACUCCUCUCCUCCCAUUUCCUUUCUUUUCACCCUCCUCUAGAAAGCUGA